CCUCUAAAAAAAGGCAGUACGCUGCACCAAAACUCUUCCAUCCACUUUCCAUCUCAGACUUUAGUUGUACUUACUCAGAAAAGGACAGCGGAAGCAAAAAGCGACAGCUGUAGAACACGAGGAACGGCAUGGUCAAUGUUAACACUCAGGCCGGCACUAAUAUGGAGCUUCCGUAUGACUCCUCGCCAGCUGAGGGUGCCAACCUGAAUGCUGCCAACCACCUGGGCACCGGGUCUCUAUGUGCUAUCUGUGGCGAUCGAGCAACAGGAAAACACUAUGGAGCCUCCAGCUGUGAUGGCUGUAAGGGCUUCUUCAGACGUAGCGUUCGCAAAAACCACAUGUACUCGUGCAGGUUCAACAGACAAUGCAUAGUGGAUAAGGACAAGCGUAACCAAUGCAGAUACUGUAGGCUUAAGAAAUGCUUUCGGGCUGGAAUGAAAAAAGAAGCUGUACAGAAUGAAAGAGACCGAAUUAGUACCAGAAGGUCCAGUUAUGAAGACAGCAGCUUUCCCUCCAUCAAUGCACUCAUCCAAGCCGAUGUCCUCUCCAGACAGAUCUCCUCUCCAGGUCCAAUCAUGAACGGUGACAUCAGGACAAAAAAGUUGGCCACCAUUACAGAUGUGUGUGAAUCCAUGAAGCAGCAGCUGUUGGUGCUGGUGGAGUGGGCUAAAUAUAUCCCAGCCUUCUGCGACCUCCCUUUGGAUGACCAGGUGGCUUUGCUACGAGCUCAUGCUGGAGAACACCUCCUGCUUGGAGCUGCCAAGCGCUCCAUGCUUUACAAAGACCUUCUGCUUUUAGGUAAUGAUCAUAUAAUUCCUCGGAAUUGCCCGGAGUUGGAAGUGAGCCGGGUAGCAGUAAGGAUCCUUGACGAGUUGGUUCUUCCUUUCCAGGAGCUCCAAAUAGAUGAUAAUGAAUAUGCCUGCUUGAAGGCCAUCGUAUUCUUUGAUCCAGACGCCAAAGGUCUGAGUGAUCCAAGCAAGAUCAAGAGGAUGCGUUACCAAGUGCAGGUCAGUUUAGAAGACUACAUCAACGACCGGCAGUAUGACUCACGGGGACGAUUCGGCGAACUGCUGCUUCUGUUACCUACACUACAGAGCAUCACCUGGCAAAUGAUUGAGCAAAUCCAAUUUGUGAAGCUGUUCGGGAUGGCCAAGAUCGACAACCUGCUGCAGGAGAUGCUUCUCGGAGGUUCUGCUAAUGAGGCCCCUCAUGCUCCUCCGUCUCUUCAUCCACACCUGGUCCACGAGCACCUCAGCAACAACGUCAUCGUGACCACCAGCAUGGCCACUCCAAUUCAUAAUGGGCAAAUGUCCACACCUGAAACUCCAAUCCCAUCUCCUCCACCAGCUUCCAGCUCUGAGCAUUACAAACUGGCCCAGGGCGUCAUCGCCACCGUGCCGAAACAACCGACAGCCAUUCCUCAAUCCACAAUCACCAAGCAAGAAAGCAUCUGACCAUCUCAAUCACACUUUCUAAAUCAAAUUAGCCAUGGACAACUGUUUUUAUCAUUUUAAUUUUGAGGCAGCCAUUAAAAGUUUACUGGUGUAAACCAGUUGCUCUGGGAAGGAGCAUAUAUGCAAGUGGCAAAAUAUGUAUAAAGUACAUUUAGGGUUAUUUUUUUAUUGUUGUUUAAACGUUACAGAAAGCAACAGAUGAAACACCCCAGUCACAGGUAAUAGAUUAUGGAAGUCAUAAAUAAUGUGAAAGAGGAUUUUUUGUUUUUUGUGGUACAUAUUUAUACUCCCCUAGGAGAAAUUCAUAUUUCAACACGUCAACAAAGAAAAUGAUCUAUAGAAGUUUAUAUUAAUAUUAUUAUAUUAAAAUUAAAUAAAUGUUACAACAGGCCUUUCAUCUGGCAAAAAAAUCAGAUGCAUAUGUUGUACAGUAUUUUUAAUGACUGAGUUUAAUAUGAAUGAUUUUUUUAAAGUACUUAGAUAGAGGCUACACUGUUUGUGCCUUACAAGCUUACAAUUUGCAAAAAAAUACUCUUCAUGAGCUGUUUAAAUAUUUUGAUGUAUUAUAGAAUUUUUUUUUAUCUUUUAAUUAUAUAUUUGUUGUGCCAGUUCCAAAUGUCCAGUAUUUAAAUCUGUUUAGAGACAAAAAAAAAAAAAAAAAAACUGCUUAAAUGUCCUACCCUAUUACUCCUAUUUUGUUUUGUUAGACAGCCGGAAGAGUGUGUAAGUGUAAAUGUUCAACUGAAACAGUGUGUUUGGAUCCAACAUACAAUACGGUUUGGGUGAGAGAAAAAAAAAAAGUGCCUUGCUGUACAUUCCAAGCUUCAAAUGAAAGCUGACGUGGGCCUUGCAAACUGAUAUUAAAUGUCAAGGUUAUAUUUUUACAUAAACGUAUUUGGCCUGUUCA